AUAUUCAUCGUUGACCUAUAAGCGCGUGGGUGCUAUUGCUGCUGUUAUUGCAUCCGCUGUUGUUGCUACUGCUGCUGCUGCGUCUGCUCAUGCCCGCCACUGCUGCUGCUGCAGCAGUAGAAGCAACACGCUUAUCCAUUGCCCACUUGCUCGGCCGUGAGUAGACGACGCCGCUCAUUCACUCGCUCGCUCGCUCGUGGUGUCACCGCCACUCACUCGCAGGUGAAUUGUCGGGAAAGUGCCACGGAUGCGCGCGCCGCGGAGUCAUUCACGAAAGCUGCAAGGGAGACACGGAGCGCCCUGCUGCUGCUGCUACUACUGCUGCUGCUGCGCAUUCGGCUUGCAAUUUGACGACGUCAGGCAGUUGCAGCCGGGACGCCUGCAUCAGAGGCUUGCUGUCGAGAAACCUGCAUCAGACGGAUAGUUGCUUCGAAGUUACCUGCAACGCGGAACAACUGCAGCUCGGACAUCUACAUCAGAGACGUACAGCUGGGACACAUGCAUCAGACAACACACAGCCAGGACAAACGCAACAAAAACACCUUUAUCCGACACACAUGCAGCAGGACCACUUGCAAAAAAGACACCAAUACACGUGAGACACCUACAUUUAAGACAGCUGCAACGGAGACACCUGUUGCAGGACACUCGUGCACCAGCCGUUGAAGACAUCUGAAACAGACACCUACAUUGAAAACAGCCGCAUGCGAACCACUUGCAACAGGACCAUCAUCAUACGAGACACCUUCAUCUGAACCACCUGGAACAGGAUCAUCUGUAUCCGUACCAUCUGCAGCAGGACCAUCUGCAUCCUAGAGACCUCCACCUGGACCUCUUGCAACAGGAUCAUCUAAAUCCGAACCAGCUGCAACAGGACCCUCUACAUCCGAGACACCUUCAUCUGAACCUCUUGCAGCAGGACCAUCUACAUCCGAACCAGCUACAACAGGACCAUCUACAUCCGAGAAACCUCCACCUGAACCUUUUGCCACAGGGCCAUCUGCAUCCGAACCAGCUGCAACAGGACCAUCUGCAUCCGAGGACACCUACAGCCAAAGACCAUCCUCGCAGAAGCAGCAGCAGCAGCAGUAGCCCCAGCAGCAGCAGCAGCAGUAGCCCCAGCAGCAGCAGCCGUGCCUGCCCACGUGUUCCCCAUGCGGCGCCUGUCGGACAUCAGCCCGCAGCUGGGGCAGUUGCGCUCGCUGCACGCGGCGCGCGAGACGUGGGGGGGCUUCCCCGGGGCGGACGGGGUCCGCGCGUCUCGCUCCUUCCUGGACGUGCCCAGCGUCACGGGGGGUCUCGCGUCCAUCGAGCAGCGCAUCAUGCGCAUCACGGGAAGCUGCUACGGCCACUACGCGCCGCGGGCAGGGCUCGCGUGCAGCCGCAGAGAUUCACUCAUCUCCUGCUCGCACCUGGGCAGGGCCAGACACGACAGCCCAGAGCCAACAAGACUCGAGGACGAGACUCGUGAUGCGAUCGAGGCGAGCGCCGCCCGCUGCUCCUGCUGCUGCCCCGGCUGCCCAGUCCGCAGGGCGCCACCGUGCUCCAGCCGCGUGCUGGCACGGGUCGCCCUGGGGGCUCUCGUCUCGGUGUCCGUGGCCGGGUGCCUGGUCGGUGCCAGUCAGCUCGCCCGCCUCGCCUUCUGCAAGGUGUCUGCGCCAUUCUUCCUGGCGUGGUUUUCCACCGCCUGGAACGUGCUGCUCUUCCCCAUCUACUACGCCAUGCACGUGCUCAGCCACCGCGGCGACAAGCGUUCGCCCAUUAAGAUUUUUCGGGAGUGUGUGCGGCUGCGGGGGGAGGAGGGCGUCACGGCGCGCCUCUUCGUGAAGCGAGCGGCUCCCUUCUGCGCCCUGUGGCUCGCCACGCACUACCUGUACCUGCUGUCGCUCCGCAAGCUGCCGCCCAGCGACGCCUCGGCGCUCUUCUGCUGCAACAAGGCCUUCGUGUUCCUGCUGUCGUGGAUCGUGCUCAAGGAUCGCUUCGUGGGCGUCAGGAUGGUGGCCACUAUCCUGGCCAUUGCCGGCAUCGUGAUGAUGGUCUACGUGCAGUACGUGGACGGAUUCAACCACGACUCCGUGGUCGGGGUGGCCCUGGCUGUCGGCUCCGCGUCCACGUCCGCCCUCUACAAGAUCCUGUGCAAGAUGCUGCUGGGCAGCGCCACGCUUGGCGAGGCGUCACAGUUCCUCUCGUCGCUGGGACUAUUCGACCUGCUCUUCGUGUGGGUGCUGCCCGUCGCGCUGUACUUCACGCACGUCGAGUACUGGCCCUCGCCAGCCGCCCUACCCUGGGGCCACGUGUGCGGAUUCGCCUGCCUGCUGCUCGUGUUCAACGUUCUGGUUAACUUUGGAGUGGUGGUCACCUACCCGAUAUUCAUCUCCCUGGGGGUGCUUCUCAGUGUGCCAGGAAACGCAGUGACGGACGCCCUGCGGUCCGACGUGGACUUCAGCGCCGUGCGGCUCAACGCGACCCUCCUCAUCUGUGCCGCCUUCGCGCUGCUGCUGCUGCCCUCUGACUGGGACGAGGCGGCGCUGCGCCUGCUGAGGAGGAAUGCGCGCCGCCCGCCAUCCCCCGCCCCUGGCCGGCCCGCCCGGCCGGCGACCCCGGGCGGCCGCGGGCCCGCGCCGCAGAACGGAGAGCGGCCCCUCGGGACGGCGCGCGCGGCCGGCACCGCCGCCGGCGCCUCCGCCGCCACCGAGGCCGCCACCGACGCCGCCUCCGACGAAUGCCACCGGAUGGGCGAGUGCUCCAGUGUGAUGCAGGCCUUCCGCGCGGCCAAGCUGGCCAAGAGCGCAUUCUAGACGUCACAAUUCGAGUCAAGGAACGUGUCCACCCUCAUUCAUCUCUUCUCGCACCUUCGAGGGUGCUGUUUUGUCGAUGGCUGCAUGGCGUUCUGGAGCUCUGGGCCUGUGGUCGGCGACAGUGAUUUAAGAAAACAUAUUGCAUUGCAGCUUCAGGAGCACACUUUGUCUCCGCGUAAAGAUGACACUUCGUCAUUGCGGUCUCUCGGCCUGUUUUAAGGCUACGGCGUAGGCUUUCGCCGUUGUGCUGCAUCGGCCUCCGGGUUGUAUCGCGGGGACACACAGACAGCAUGUGGUGAGCAGAUGCCAACAGUUUCCCAAGCUCUGUGGCCCUCUAUAUAUAAAGGCGUUUUAGCCUCUUAAUAUUUUUUUUAAUGUGGGAGAAAAGUGGACGCCCAGACAAAACCCAUGCGUGCACGGGGGAGAGGCUUCAUCCCAUCCAUUUGGAACCGAUGGGAGUCCACGUUCGUUUUCCCGCGUUCGCCUGGCAAGCCAGGGUAUGGCACCUCAAUGCCCAAGGGAUUUGUAAUCUACCAACCCUCACCUCCGCAGUGUUGGAUUAUAGGCGUGUGCCACCACCGUCUGGAUCUGGCAUUGAUCCGCCUGAUUAAACCGGAUUCUGAAGUUUAAUGCUUUGAUGGUCUCAGCUGAAUAUAAAUGACUGCCGAAAAAUGUAUAUUAAAUACGGUUUUGCAAUUUGAUUUGAUGAAAUUCUAAUGUCGGUUUGACCAAUACCUGUUCUGAGAAUUGGAAAAAAAAGAUAUUGGAUUGUCACGUUACAAUCUCAUGGCAGAGCUCGUGUGAAAGUGAGCCUCGUACUGUGUAAAGGAUUAAAAGGUCGCUUCCGCUAAAAAAUGUUAAAUAUUUUGCAGUCCAUUCUCGAAACACUUCUGUGAGAUUCCCAAAUGGAUUAUUUGUAUCCUUGUAUGAUGCUGCUAACACAAGCGGGAAGUGUGGGUGGGGGGGGAGCCAUAUUUUAAAAAUCAGUUUUCGUAGUCCACACACACGGGCACAAUGUGAUUUCAACACAUCUUAGAGUGGACAGUGCAUACAUCUCCAUACAGAGUUGGCAGACUGCAGUUCUUCACGUCAAAUAUAUGAGCUGCACUCAGCAAAAUUAAACUGUGCCAUCCAUAAACAAGUGGACAGAAAAACAAUAGGCAAAUAUAUGGUGGUUAUUGUUGUUAUUAUACACCUGAGCAAUGCCCACAUAAUAUGACGAGUUCCAAAAGGACUGGCAGUAUGAAUCCAAAGAAAACUCCCAAAACAAAUGAUGCAGAAACCCUGCACAGAGUUGACAUGUAAAGUAGUGGCAUAGCAUGGUUGGCAUGGGCCUUGGUACCAACACUAAAAUGGGAUCUCCUGUACAAUAUUUUUCUCUUUCUCUGUAACUUGAGACCUGGGCUCCCGUAGCUCACGGGACCUGGCGCAUUUCACCGCCUGCACACUCAGCAGCUACGCCACUGCAUGUAAACAGUUCACUGCAGGGAGUGCAGGCCAGACGAACAGUCGGUGAGUGUAGACCCGUCGCACAGAAGGCAGCAAUUCAAAGGCGCGAGAGGAAUUGGAGGGAAUGGGAGGGAGACCUCUGACAUUAUUUUACAUCUCACCUUGGUCAGACUGCAUCCAUUGCGAUAAAAACUGAACAGCAGCUCCAGAGAUGGGGCAGAGCAGAAACGGAUCGGGACUAUCGCUUUGUGUGGGGAAAAUAAUAAAAAUCAUAAUAACAAUCAUGUUAUGUAUUGAAAUGUAAAUACAUAUUUAAGUAUGUAACACUACGUUGCAUAGAUAUAUACUGAUAUAUAUAUACAGCAUAGUGCGUAUACCUCGUACAAAUUUCUAAGCAGCAAAAAUUUAUAUGUAAUUUAUUCAACAAAUAUACUGUACAGUUUGAAUAUAUCGCGUAACAAUUUACAAUGCAUGCUCAUAUAACCCGAUUAUUAGCAGUGCGCCAUCGUGGCCACAGUGCAGGCAAUGACAGAUAAACCCAACUCACACGGCAGAAUGGCCACCCUUAGCAGAGUACAACUGUGCAACAUCAGUGCAGGAAUCACUCUUCAGAUGCCUCUGUAACUUACCGUUACUGGUUUUAAAACGAUUGUGUUCGAAGCAACGACAAGAAAUGUAGUUGAUUUAAUAUUGAUUGAUGUUUGUGUGCUGUUUUCAACCUCUGCUGUAACUUGCUCUUGACUUCUAUUUGCUAUAUUGUUGGACUGUGUUUCAUUGCUUUUUGUGAGUAUGAUUACCCUGGUGACUCUUGCAAACGAGACUAUUCUGGUCUCUUUGGCUAAGAUUCCAUCGUGGAUGUAUGUUGGACUUAUUUCGCACCGUACGUAGCCAACCGUGCCCAUCGGCGGUGGCAGUUUGUACUGCCACUGCCGAUUGGGGUGGCACCCACUUAAAUAUAUGUUGACUUUUUUUUCCUUAAAAAAUAUAACGCUUAAAUAUACUUCUUUUACACAUUCGUAAACAUUAAAGUACCGUAACAACAAGUGGGUAAUUUAAGCGAAUAUUUGUUUUUGUUAAUUUUGCCUCGAUUCGAAUAGAAUUCAAACGGCACCACAAUGAGAUGGAUAUUCUGAUCUCAUUGUCCGAUUCAAAUCCCUCCCACGGAGUGCCACAGUGAAGGCGCUGGGGAAACACGUAACCCUGGCCUUGGCCAGUCACAAGCCAUUGUUCCAAGGCCACUGAUGUAGGGACAGCUCUACACAAAGGUGCGGACACUUUGUUGAACUGAUAGAUCACAUGACUCCUUGUGAGCUGGGGUUGGAUUGUAAUCGUUGCUAUAUUGCGCACUAUUUUUGGGCCAAGUAUUUGCAUCCCCACGGUAACAAUGCUGCCGUACGUAUAUAUAUAACCCAAAACAAUUCAGUUGUAUUGAAACUUCUACUGUGAGAUUCGCCUUGUAAAUGGCAUAUCCUGAAAAGAACGCGAGAAAACAUAGGCGUAAUAAUUCUAGGUGCGACAAUGCAGCUAUUGAUAUAGAUUAAUAUUGCAUCUGUACCUAUACUCCAUGGAAUCUAAUCGAAUUGCACAUGUAAAGAUCGCUGUUUUUCAAUGCAUAUAUUGUAUGUAAUAGCUUCACGUGAUUCCCUUCAGCCACUCGAGGCCACUACAUUCAGUAUUAAACAAUAAUUGAAUCUUGAAUCUACGCCUUCCAAUACAUUCAUAUCGAGUUCAAAUCGAUCAUACCAAUAAUGUCGGUGAUCGUAAUACCUUCGGGAUAGCGAUGCCAUGUGUUCACGUAGAAUUGACUUAGUCGGGUCCUAUGCAGCUCGGUAAAUGCAUUGUUUGUAUGCCUCACAAACACGACAGCCCAAGUCCCAUCGCAUUGUGUUCAAGUUACAAUGACUGGAUUUCCAAUGCACCUGAAUUCACUUUCACGCAGUGGGCAAUGCAGAAAAGUGAAUUGUUCUGCUGCACUUCUAUGCUUCCCACCUCCACCAACCUACAAUUAUCAGCGUGGUGAAGUAUGGUCAAAUAACCUCCCACGGCCCUUCAUCCAGCAAUGGUUUUAGGACGCAGCGAAAUAAUCCCACGUGAAAUUAAACCACGCGUGACAUGAAUUCAGUCAGGGACAGGUCACAGGCAACGCUGCAC